UAUAUAAUGGGCUCUAAACCUACAAUUCCUGAAUCAGUUAAACAAAUGAGUACAAAGAAAGACGCUGAAUUUUCAGUUCACAUUGUCUAUUGCAGUGGAUGAGGAUAUGGUUAAUUUUACAAUUUCUUUGUUGAAUGUUUAUAAGUGGUCUAUCCUAAUGCCAAGGUUACAGGUGAAUAGACUCCAAAUGUAAAAUAUUUAAAUAUUGUUUUAGGUUUCUGGGUAUUUUGAAAUAGAAGUAUCCAAAGAUGGAAAAAAAUAAGUAAUUCAUUCAAAAAAGAAUGGAGAUGGCAUCUUUAAUGAAAAAUCAUGUUAACCAAUAUUGGAUAAAUUAAAGAAUUAUGUUGAGGCUUGAAAGUCUCUUACAAAAGUAGAUAAUAUAUUGGAUUAGUACAUUAAACAUAAAUGAAGAAACUAAGUUUAAAUACAAGAAAUUUAUUUUCUGAAGAAACUCA